UACAUCCUGAAUACACAGAGUGAACAGCAUAGCUUCUUAUCCUGUGACCUAUGAUCAUCAGACAAUAGGGGUUGUUCAUUAACGGGCUGCCUCACGGUAGAACAUGAGCAGGUAAUGCACAAGGAGCAUCACUGGGAAUCAUGUCAGACGAGUCAAUCUCAGGGAGUGAUCCGGACCUGGACCCGGACUUGGAGCAGGAGGAUAUGGAAGAGGAGGAGGAGGAAGAUGAGGAGGAGGCGAUGGAGGAGGACAAUGAUGGGGAUGACGAGGAGGACUUACUUGAUGAGAGUGACCAACCCCAGGAAGCUGUGUUCAGCAGUGACCAUGUUGAGCACACAGAGGAUGGAGAAUGGCAGCGCUCUACUUCAACUACCUCAUCUCAGAGUGAGCGGGCAGAGCGACACUUGCAGAACCAGCACAAGAGCCUGGCCUCUGAGGACACCAAAAAGAAGAGGGCUCAGAAACCGUCUCACAUGCGGAGGAACAUAAGAAAGCUGUUGCGUGAGGACCAACUGGAAGCUGUGACAAAAACAGCCCAACAGGAAGAGUUGGAGAGAAGGAAACGGCUAGAGCAGCAGCGGAAGGAUUAUCCAGCCACUAUACCAACUGUACCCCUAGAGUUUCUUCCUGAGGACAUAGUUUUCAGAACAGCUGAGGCUACCCAGCUCCCUCCUCAGGUCCUGGCUGAGGAAGUAAUCUGCCUAGAUAGUACCAGCAGUGGCAGUGAAGAUGAUGCUAAAGGAAAAAAUAGCAUUAAAGAUGAAGUGAUUGAGCUGAGUUCAGGAGAGGAUGAUGCCCUCCAAAUUGUGGACAGCAGUGACUCUGGCAAUGAAGGGGAGGAGGAUGGCAAUGAAGAGAGCAGUGGCUCUCAUGUGAAUGAUGCCUUAAAUCAGUCAGAUGCUCUGGGGCAAGUCAUUGUCAAUAUCAACCAUCCACCAAAUGAGGAGGACAUUUUCCUAGCUCCCCAGCUUGCACAUGCAGUAAAACCUCAUCAGAUUGGUGGGAUCCGAUUCCUGUAUGACAACUUGGUUGAGUCUUUGGAGAGAUUUAAAACCAGCAGUGGGUUUGGAUGCAUUUUAGCACAUAGCAUGGGCCUGGGGAAGACAAUACAGGUCAUCUCUUUCUUGGAUGUACUUUUUCGGCACACGGAGGCAAAGACUGUUCUUGCCAUUGUACCUGUGAAUACGCUCCAAAACUGGCUAGCAGAAUUCAACAUGUGGCUCCCAGCACCUGAAAACCUUCCUGCUGAUUAUAACUCCAAAGAGGUCCAGCCCCGCACCUUCAAAGUCCACAUCCUGAAUGAUGAACACAAGACAACAGCUGCACGUGCAAAGGUGGUGAAUGACUGGGUGACAGAUGGUGGUGUGCUGCUGAUGGGAUAUGAGAUGUACCGUCUUCUCUCACUGAAGAAGUCCUUUGCCACUGGCAGGAAGAAGAAAACAAAGAAACAAGCUGGCCCUGUCAUUAUUGACUUGGAUGAAGAAGACCGGCAGCAAGAGCUUCUGAAAGGGAUUGAGAAAGCUUUAUCUCGCCCUGGCCCAGAUGUGGUUAUCUGUGACGAGGGACACCGGAUAAAGAACUGCCAUGCCAGCACUUCACAGGCCCUGAAGAACAUCCGCUCCCGCCGGCGGGUUGUGCUGACUGGCUACCCGCUCCAGAACAACCUCAUUGAGUAUUGGUGCAUGGUAGACUUCGUCCGACCUGACUUUCUAGGUUCUCGUCAGGAAUUCAGCAACAUGUUUGAGCGCCCUAUUCUGAAUGGGCAGUGUAUUGACAGCACCCCUCAAGACGUCCGUCUCAUGAGGUAUCGCAGUCAUGUCCUGCAUAGCCUGCUGGAAGGCUUUGUGCAGCGGCGAGGCCACAGUGUGCUGAAGGUUCAGCUCCCAUCUAAGGAAGAACAUGUCAUUUUGGUACGUCUGUCAAAGAUCCAGCGGGCCCUUUAUACGGAGUUCAUGAACCGGUUCCGAGAUGCAGGCAACAGUGGCUGGCUAGGACUCAACCCACUCAAAGCUUUCUGUGUCUGUUGUAAGAUCUGGAACCAUCCAGAUGUGUUGUAUGAAGCUCUGCAAAAGCAAAAUCUGGCAAACGAGCAGGAUUUAGAUGUGGAUGACCUUGGCACAGCAAGUACUAAUUCCCGCUGCCAGCCUCAGGGAAUUAAAGUCAAAACAGAGAGUAAUGCUUUGGCAUCACCAGCUGGAGAAGCUACCAACAGCAAGUUCCUCCAGAGUGUUGGCUUCAACCCUUUUCAGGAGAGAGCAAAUCAGGUCGUUACUUAUGAGUGGGCCAAAGACAUCUUGUGUGAUUACCAGACGGGAGUCUUGGAGAACUCACCUAAGAUGGUGUUACUCUUCCACCUCAUUGAAGAAAGUGUGAAGCUUGGAGACAAGAUCUUGGUCUUCAGCCAGAGCUUGUCUACCUUAUCUGUCAUUGAAGAGUUUUUGGCGAAAAGACCAAUGCCAAGUCCUCCAGGCUCAGAUGGAGGUGUUCACAACUGGGUCCGAAACAUCAACUAUUACAGACUGGAUGGCAGCACCUCUGCCUCAGAAAGGGAACGACUGAUUAACCAGUUUAAUGAUCUCAGCAACACCUCUGUUUGGCUCUUUCUUUUGUCCACACGGGCUGGGUGUUUGGGUGUUAACCUCAUUGGAGCAAACAGAGUGGUGGUGUUUGAUGCUUCUUGGAACCCGUGUCAUGACGCCCAGGCCGUGUGCCGAGUGUACCGCUACGGGCAGAAGAAGCCGUGCCACAUUUACAGACUGGUUUCUGAUUACACUCUCGAGAAGAAGAUCUAUGACCGUCAGAUCUCCAAGCAGGGCAUGUCAGAUCGGGUGGUGGAUGAUCUGAACCCAGUAUUGAACUUUACUCGACGGGAGGUAGAGAACCUGCUGCAUUUUGUGGAAGAGGAAUCUGACCCUGCUCAGCUCUCCCUCAAUCCAAGCAAGAUAAAGGAAUCUGUUCUACAAUUAGCCUGUCUCAAAUAUCCUCACCUCAUCACCAAGGAGCCUUUUCAGCAUGAGUCACUGCUGAUCGACCGGAAGGAGCACAAGCUGACCAAGGCAGAGAAGAAAGCAGCCAAGAAGAGCUACGAGGAGGAAAAGCGAGCAUCCGUCCCCUAUACCCGGCCGUCCUACGCACAGUAUUACCCAGCCAGUGACCAGAGUCUGACGAGCAUCCCUGCCUUUAGCCAGAGGAACUGGCGACCAGCCCUCAAGGGUGAGGACAAGCCAGUGGCAAGUGUCCGCCCAGUUCAAUCCACUCCCAUUCCUAUGAUGCCUCGGCAUGUCCCCAUAGGCAAUGCAGGAUCAACCUCAAGUUCCAACCCUGCUGUCAACUUUCCCAUCAACUAUCUACAGCGAGCUGGUGUCUUUGUGCAGAAGAUUGUCACCACCACAGAUAUUGUGAUUCCUGGUACGAACACAUCCACUGAUGUACAGGCAAGAAUCAGUGCUGGAGAGAGCAUCCACAUCAUACGAGGGACAAAAGGGACGUAUAUCCGGACCAGCGAUGGGCGGAUUUUUGCUAUCCGGACCACUGGGAAGCCAAAGGGCAACGAAGACCGUCGAACAGCUGCCUCAGGCUCCCAGAGCUCCUCACUGGAGUCCACAAGCAAUGGCAGACACAGUGCCUCAUCACCACAGCUCCCCAGCGCAGAGGAGCUCACUCGGCCCAUAUCCCCUGACAGCCCCGAGAUCAUCAGCGAGCUGCAGCAGUACGCAGAGGCAGCGGCUGCCCGGGAGUCCCGACACAGCUCUCCCAGCACCAAUGCAGCGCAAGCCCUCCCUGCCCGCACAGACAAUGCGCCGGGCUUAGCAGCCCGAGGAGCUGAGCAGCAUGUGGGGAUUCACUGCAUGGCUCCCUCCGUGUCUUCAGCCCUGCCAGCCACCAGCCAGCACGUGGAUGCCCACUCGGUGUUGGACUUACGGGGCAACAAGCGCAAGUCAACCUCACCGUCGGCUCCAGAGGAGCAAGCCCGCAGGCAGCAGAAGAAGCGGCAGUUGCCAUCGUCCGUGCAGCCGUACGAACACGGGUACCCCGUCUCUGGAGUUGAAAACCGAGGGGUUCUGAGCAAACUGCUGGACAACUUGUCUUUGGAUGCACCAUGGAAAUAAAAAUCAAACCCCCCCACAAAAGUAACAAAGCAAAUUAACUGAUGGUGUUCAUGCGAGUUUCUCCAAAGACUUGACAGUGCUGCAUCUGUGAGUCGUGCCCUCCUGUGCUCUGUGUGUCCACCUCAUGCACAACCCUGUGACACUGAUUGUAUGACGAGCUUGCCCAGAUGUCCGUUGCAUUCCUGUGAGGCUCUCAGUUUUCCGGUGGAUUUGGGGAAUGGACCUAGGCAAGGGCUUUCCUUGUCGAGUUAGCAAGUGUUGAGACCUGCGGGUGCAUGUGGGAGGCCGGAGUGGGAGCAGCCCCUCACCGCUGCCCUGCUGCAGCCCUUGUCCUCAUGGGUGGCAGUCAGGGCAGUGGGAUUCACCCGAGGGACCCUCCCAAGUCCUCUGUGGCUGUGCUGGGACAAGGCAUAAAACUGCAGCAGGGGCAGUUACACUGGGGCUCUGGAUGUGGUACCUGUGCUGUUUUCUCUGCUCCUUGCCUCUACAGGAGAGCACCUGGGGCUCCCUCGGUGGGCCCUGGUGCAUCCCAAGCUGCUGUCUAAUCUCUGUGGGUUCCUUGGCACAGCCCGAUCCCUGUGGCUGUAGGAGCUGGUGGUGGACAGAGCUCGGCUGCUUGCAGGGUGCACACUUGAGCAAUGGGCUGGCAGUUCACCAGAGUGAAGUGCAAGGGCUCUUCUGGCUCCUGCAUGGCCAUGGCAGUUUAAAGACCACUCAUUGCCCUCCCAUGCUGUGUCUGUCCCCUGGUGCAUCCAGUUGCGAGGGGUUUCCUUGUGCUGGGGUACAUCUGUAGCUCCAGACAGCUGCAGCAUGGUGACCCUGCACUGCAAGCAUCCAAGUUAGAGCCCCAGCCACCUAUCCUGAGCACAGUGGGGCCAUGCAGCACUUCUGUCUCCCUCACCAACCCCAUGCACUCCCUCAGAGCCUCGGCUAAGGGGUGGUCGCAGAGGUAACUGAUACCCUGCCUGGGGGCUGGCAGCAGCUUCGGAUGCUCCAAGGUAACCAGAGGCACCUGCAGCAUGGUGGGAAGGAUUUCCUCCACCCCACAAAUGCCAUGAGGGUGUGCGGGUUAUGAUAGGGCUUUCCAAGUGGGGGGACCUUACUGAGCCCUAAAACCCCUCUCCUAUGGGACUUCUCCCCCUCAUCUGCUCUCCCCAGCUCUUACUCCGUUUCAGUACAUGGUUGUGCUGCAGAGGGUUCUGUCUGGGUUUCCCUGAGCCCAGAACAAAGGCUUUCCCUGCAUGGGUUAACUUUUGCUUUUGCUGCUGAGUUUCUGUCUCCCAAUGACCGGAUGGAAGCAGCUGCCAGUUGGCAGCAGGGCUUUGGGUGAUGCUGAGGGCAGCAGUGCAGGACUCUGCUGAGGGGUUUAGACACUGAAGAAGGUCUCUGAGCACAGGGCUGUGGGGGUGUCCAGCUGCCCCCACAUUGGCACCCAGCCCUCAGCUCUCCUCUUAAGGUGGGAGGUUUCCACUCCUGGGCACAGUUGGGUGAAGGCUGGGUACUGCUGCAGGACAUAAUGCCCUGGGCAAGGAGAGGGACUGUGGCUAUGCCUCAGUCUUGGUGUUCUUGUUGCUUCCUACUGGUGUGCCCUGGGGGUAUUGGGAAGGUCUAUGGGGAGGGGGCAAUGCAGCCCAGCCUGGCCCAUGGAUUGGGCAGGAUCUGCUGCACACUGACCCCACUGGGGUGCCUGGGUGGGGUGGAUGCAGGUACUCACAGAAAGCCGAUAUUCCAGCAAGCAAAGGAUGGGAUUUCCAUUGGGGCUUCACUUCAUAUUUUGGCUUAAUGAUGUCAGCAAAUUGGUGAAUGCAAGAGAAUUGCUGUUGGUUUGUGGGUGGCUUCCAGGCCAACAGGGACAAGUUCAGCAAAUACCUUCAUGGCUGGUGUUUGUCGCCACACUGGAGUGAACUUUGUUAAUCCAGUCUUGGAAGGA